AUGGACGCCUGGUACGGCAUCGACGUGCCCAAGCUGUGGUCCCGGCUCGUGGCCACGCACGGCCCCUACACAAUCGACGUCGCGGGCCAGCUCGUGGUCCACCUGGUGUUCUGGUGGCUGCCCUGCGCGUUCUUCGUGUCCCUCGACGCCGUGGCGCCGGCCUUUUCGGCGCGGCACAAGAUCCAGCCGGCGCCGAAGCAGCCCAGCGCAGCGGACGUGCGGGAGGCCGUGCUCGUCUCGCUCCGCAACCAGGCCAUCGUGUGCGCUGUCCAGGUAGGCCUGUCGUGCGAGAUGGCCAGACGCGGGCGCCUGCCGGCCGUGCGCGUGGAGGCGGCGCUCCCGUCGCUGGCGGAGCUGGCGCGCGGCGUGGUGCUCUGCGCCGCGGGCCGAGAGGUGCUCUUCUACUAUGCGCACCGGCUGUUCCACGUGCGGUGCUUGUACCAGCGGGUUCACAAGAUACACCACCGCUUCACGGCGCCGGUGGCCUUUGCGUCCGAGUACGCGCACCCCGUGGAGCAUCUGGUGGCCAACGUGUUGCCGGUUGCGCUGCCGCCGAUGCUGCUGGGGACGCACAUUGUUACCAUGUGGGUGUUUCUGGCGUACCAGCUUGUUGAGACGGCGACGGUGCACAGCGGCUACGAUUUCCUGGGCGGGCUGGCGAGGAAGCACGACAGGCAUCACGAGCGGUUCAGUGUCUACUUUGGCGGCAUCGGCGUCCUGGACUGGUGGCACGGGACGGAUGAGAAGGGCGGGCCCAAGGCGGCGAGAAGGGCAGACUGA